AUGCCGAACGACUCGCUCCUGCGAACGUGCCUCAUCCAAGGAUGCCAUGACACGGCCAUCCCCAACACGUGGCGGUGUAAGCUUCACCGCCACCGCGGCAUGUGCAUCAUCGACAGCUGCACCAACCAAGCAUACGCACGGCAGCUUUGUUGCCGCCACGGUGCCAAGAAGGAAUGUGCGGUCGACGGCUGCUCACUACGCGCUCGCUUUGACAACGUGUGCUACAAGCACGGCGCAACCAAGAAACUGUGCAUCGAACCUGGGUGUCCGCAGCCCGCGCAGGCCCGACAGCGCUGUGUCAAGCACGGCGGAGGGCGGCAAUGCAAGUUCUCCGGCUGCACAGCGCAUGCGAGAGCGGGGGGGUUCUGUCAGCGCCAUCGCAUGUCGGGGAAGCUGUCUCCGACCGCGUACCCUUCGAAGAAUGGCAUCAAUAUGAUGUCGCUGUGGGGCGACAACGCCACAUUCACGGUUAAGAAAGCCCCGGCAUCUCUGCUGACAACGCCGCUCGUCUCGAUCGACUCGACGACUGACGUUUCACAGCUCGACACUCAUAUUCCCCUUCAACCGCUGUCGCUGAUGCAACUGAUCCACGGCAUGGAAACACCACAGCCCGUCACGGCGGCGCCACAGUGGGCAUCACCGCAUUAUUGCCACGGCACCACCGUGCUGCACAACAUCUUCGACCUCCUCGGCGACAUUUGA